AUGAGUGAUUUCGAUCUGAAUGUUCCCAUUCACAAUGUGAAUGCAGACGAUACCAAAGAAGAUAACAAUGAACAAACAAAUAUCGUUAAUGUUCACGAUCCUUUUUUCCUCUGGGGAUUAUUCGAACAUACAGAUCGAGCAUUAAUCCGAGCAUUUGGUACACUUUCUGAUGCAGACUGUAGUCGUCUCUACUGGUCGUGUCAUUAUCAUAAGCACGAGAAAGUUUGUCAAUACGUCUUAGAAAACAAUUCACGUAUUUGUAUCGCUCGUGAUGCAAUUGAAAAAAUAUCUGCGAUAACUAAAACUGCCGAUAGUCAAAAUCUGGAUUUAUCGCAAAUACCUGUUCCUUUCCUUUUGCCAACAUCGCCGCAGUUUACCGUGGUGGAAGUACGUGAUGGCUCGAUUAUUCCUUCAAAAGGAAAACCAUUGAAAUUUACAGCCGUCGAUCAAGAAGGCAAUACCAAAAUAUGUAUUUAUAAACAUGGUGAUGAUUUACUGCAAGAUGCUAUGUGUGUUGCUGUGAUGAAAGAAAUGAAUCAGAUAUUCAUCGAAGAGGAUGUCAAUGCUGAAGUUGUUCUAUACGAAGUUCUUCCAGUGGAUAAAACCGAAGGUCUUAUCGAAUGUGUCGAAAAUGCUCAUCCAUUCAUCGAGUUCAAAACAGCCGGUGACAACAAAGACUCGACAUCAACAGACGCAUUGAGAUCAUUCAUUGAAAAGUCUCCUGAACGCAAAGGAAAUCUACUUCGAACAUUUCUCGGUUUUGUUCUCUCAGGAAUUGUGUUACAGUUGGCUGAUCGUCAUGAUGAUAAUAUCAUGAUAACUGAAGAUGGGAAAAUCCUUCAUAUUGAUUUUGGCUGUGCUUUUGGCCAAAAGACAAAGCUUGAAAAGCUACUUGGUCUGUUUAUGGAUAUUCCUCAUUCCCCAUUUAGCGAAGAUGUUUUUAUCGCUAUGAUCGGUCAUGAAAGUAAUGAUGAAAUCAUUACACAAUUAUGGCAAUCACUCAAAGAACAUCUCUGGUCAUGUUUUAACGCUUUACGUAUACAUAAGAAUCGAUUCAAACCGUUAGGCGAAGAAAAAUUCGAACAAUUAUAUGACAAAUUAAUGGUUGGACUUACUGAUAACGAUGCUCGCGAUGCAUUUUAUGCUGAAUUAGAUAAAUGUUAUAACAAUCGUUUCAAUGCAGCACGUGCAUUCUAUUACAAGAUUCAACAAAAUAUCGUCAGUUAG